GUUAGAUCUAUCACAUCACAUACUGUCUAUCCGAAAGAGCUUUUGAACGAUUCUUUAGUCUCUGAUGUGUACAAGGACCUGAAAAUUAAUAUAAUUCAUUAUUAUAAAAACUCAUUGAAAGUGCUUAAAUGGGCAACUGAUUACUCCUACUCUCAACUUAGGAAACCUAACAAAAGAGGAGACUGGAAAAAAUACUCGAGGUCAACAGUUACACACGGCACUUACAACAUCCAGGACAAUGUUAUUGAACUUCCUGCAGGAAUUUUUGAGAAACCUAUAUUCAGCAGAAAUCGACCACGCUACCUAAAUUUUGGAUCCAUUGGUUCCCAUAUUGGCCAUGAAAUUGCCCAUGCGUUCUCGUAUAAAGGAAGACUCUUUGAUAUAGAUGGUAAUAAAAGAAACUGGUUCGAUAGGGCAGAUGAAAAUGCUCUCAUUAAUAGAACUCAGUGCUUCGUAGAGCAAUAUAAUAACUACACAGCUGGCAGUGAAAUUCAAAUACAGGUAAAUGGUGUUAAAACACUAGAAGAAAAUAUUGCUGAUAUCACUGGUUUGAAAGCAUCUUAUCAGGCCUAUCAGACUUGGGUAAAGCAUCAUGGACGUGAACCAAAGCUGCCAGGACUAAAAUAUACUCCAAAUCAGUUGUUCUGGAUAAGUUCAGCAAACAUGUUUUGUGCGCGUAUGGAUCCGAGCACUCUGGAGGAUAUCAUGUCUGCUGAUAAACAUAGCCCACAUGAGUUUAGAAUCAUAGGACCAUUAUCUAAUCUACCGGAGUUUGCCAAAGAUUUCAACUGCAAACCAGAUUCGGCCAUGGUUCGUAAAAACAGAUGCGAAUUUUGGUAGGAAAGUAAAUCCAGAUUUAUAGUUCUAGGAUACUGUUUAUUUAUCACAUCUGCAUUAUUAAUUUACUAGUGCACGGUACAGGCAUUGCAUGUAAAGAUUUUGUGCUAUUUCACAUGUGUCAAUAUCUUUUAUCUGAAUAAAAUAUUGCAUCUCAAUUUU